AUGGUUGAAGACGAGUUCUACGCCAUAGCUCAAUCAUUCACACAACAUCUACACUACGCCGAAUACAUUCGACGGAAGAAAGAAGCGAAAGCGCAGAACACGGACGCGAUGAAUGAAAUUCAGAGGCCGACAGAUGGCAGAACAAAGUUACCGAAGGAAGCAGAACGGAAGAAGGAGGCCGACGCGCUCGCUGCGCGUCAAAAGGCUGGGUUGGCGCAACUAGGUGUUCCGGAAGGAGACAAAGCUGAUUCUGAGGAUGAUGAUGAUACCUGGGCUGGGACACAUCUUCAUGGGCUUAUGACCAGCCCUAGGAAAUCGCGCACCUUGGUCGGUACGCAUUCAUUGAAAUCCUCUACGAGGGCUGCGGCGGGCUUUGGACAAGCUGCCGGCUCUAACAGCGACCGAGCUGUAGCUGGGGCUCCAUUAUCAAGAGCAGCGGCUGCGCAUAUCGUCGACAUUCAUGAAGAGACAGCAUCAGAUGAUGGUUUCGAUAUGGACGGAGAGACUGCUUCCGACGAAGACGACGACCUCGAUGGGCGGACCCGUCGGGUCACGAUAGCCCAGUCGAAACGGCUACAAACGCAUGGCCCUACAAGAACCGCUCACCCCAAAGAUCCUCGAAAUAGCAGGGAAAGCAUACACAGCAUGCCUACAAUAAAGCAAGAGAAGGCGCGGGUAACUCCCGCGCCGGCUAGCGGGUUCAAGUCAAGAGUUCAAAUGCUAUUCGACGACCUCGACGAGCUACCAGAGCCAUCGCGAUCCAACACCUCUUCUAACUCCGACAUGAAAAAGGACCCAUCCUCCACAAACAGUGUUAUCCAAAGUGGUCCUGCAAACGACAAUCUGGAAUCCAAGAAAUCCCGCUUCAAUGAUGUUCCGACUUUUUUGUUUUGA